AUGUCUACAAGAAGCGGCCGAAUAAGGCAAAGCCUAAUAGAAACGAGUCCUCCACGCACUCGUAAAGGAGUAUCACCGAACCGAUCUCCCGCCAGAAACCGAAAAAGUUCACCCAACACACGAUCGACACCGAAAUCUCCCUCCCGCAAAUCACCUAGUCGAAAGUCUACAUCAAAAUAUCCCGCACGAAAAUCCCCUUCAAGAGCUGUCAAAGAAGCUAAAGAGGAAAAAGAAACUUCUGUCCCUAAAUCACCUGUGAAGCGACCAACUAUUAAAAAGGAUGCUGAAAUAAGACUAGUUGAUGUGUCUUCAAAAAUAGAAGUUAUGCGUAGCACUCGAUCUCAGCGUUUUGAUUAUUCUAUUAAGGACCUUCCUUCUAUAUCAAAACCAGAAUUAGACGACAAAAAAAUUAACGGUCUUGAUACCGUUCACUCAAUUUCUGAUAUAUAUGGUCUAAGAAAUAGAAAAACUAUUGAAGAUAGUGUUCCACGAAGAUCUAGUCGAUUGAGGGAUGUCGUUGAUAGUUUUCCAGACAUUAGAAGGAGCUUCAGUAAAUCACUGAGCAAAUCUAUAAGUAAAUCAAUUAGCAAGUCCAUUGAUACAUAUUCAGAUGAAGAAAAUUCAGAAGCAUCAAUACUAAAAGAGAAAUCACAGUCUGUAACAAGAAAGCUGUCCACUCCUUUGCCAAACAGUUUAUCACUUUCUCAUUUAAGCAAUCGAUAUGAGUUUGGAGGAAAGAUAGGCUCAACAAUUUUAUAUAUUUUGAUACCUUUGGCUGUAUUUUCAUUAUUGAUAACAUGUGCAAAAACUUGCUCACAUAAAUCUCUCUUAGAACUAUCUUUGUACAAAUCUAUAUCACAAUGGUUCAGUAUGACAGCAACAUUUGUUGUUAUCAGCCACUUUGUUUUACAAGCAAUAUUUUUAUCUCUGCCAAUAUUUGGAUCCAAAGAAGUUGAUGGUGAAGGAAAAAAGUACUACUUCAAUGGACUUUUCUCAAGUUUUUGCACUAUAAAUCUACUAUUUGCAUUGGAUUACUACAAGAUUUUUAAUAUUGAUUCACUCUUAACUUUAUAUUUGCCAAUGGCGACAAUAUCAUAUUUAGUUGCAGUUCUUUUUGCAAUUUUUAUUUUUCUGAAAAGUUCGAGAACGUCUAAAGAUUUCUUAAAUCCUUAUGCUAAUUCAGGAUAUAUAUUGUAUGACUUAUUUAUGGGUCGACAGAUACAUGACUCUGUCAUGAAGAUAAAUGUUAAAUUAUAUUUAGCCAGAGUGGUUAAUAUAAGCACACUAAUAUUUGCAAUAUUAAUUUUCAAACAUGGCUUAUAUAUUGAAAAGAUGGAAAUUGAUAACAUAUCAUGGAAUAAUUUAACUACAAUUUUGAAUAAAGUACAAUACAAACACAAUGUUUUGAUAUACUCAAUGAUGCAAAUUAUUUAUGCUCUGUAUUUUAUAACAAGAGAGAAAAAAAUCAUAUCAACAUUUUAUUGGCAGUCGGAAGGCCUAGGGUAUCUACAAAUUGUGUCGAGUGCUUUAUACCCUUUAUAUUUUACAACAAUAUCUAAAUAUGUAAUGGAUGCAGAUAUUAAACUAUCAACUAAUGUAUUAAUUGUAGCUUCUGUGACGUACUCACUGGGUUUUAUAAUAAUGCUUAUCAGUAACAAUAUUAAAUAUGAAUUCAGGAAAAAUCCACUACAGCCUAGUCUAAUGCACUUAGACUCAAUGCCUACAUUUCAUGGGAAGAAACUUCUUGUGUCCAACCUUUGGGGUGUUUUACGUCAUCCAAAUUAUACAGGGGAUAUAUUGAUUCAUAUUGCACUAGCGCUACCAGGGAUUAUGACAAAGCAGGUGGCAGCGGCAAGUCCAGCUCUACUAACAAUUUUGAUACUUGUACACCGCGCAUGGCGGGAUCAUAAUAGAUGUCGUCGACGUUAUGGAGCUGCAUGGCAAAGGUAUUGCAAGAAAGUGCCGUCUGUCAUCAUACCAAAAAUAUUA